AUGAAUGCUGAACUUCAUGCAGCAUUAUCAUUGAAUAUUUGUCAUUAUAUAGCACCAUUCUUUUCGCGUAAUGAUCGUGACCUUUGCUUUCUAACCACCAAUAGUUUAACCUUAAAUAUUGAACCGUCAUAUGUCAGCUGUUUAGAUUUAAGCGAUUUCACGUGGUAUUCACGGAAUGCAUCAGCUGAUGAAAUUAGUGGUUUUCCUCGGGAUGAAUAUCAACAAACACCAAUUCUUGUUGAUUGUUUCAUUUGUCAAAAUGGCAAUCAACAGGUUGGCUUAGUUGCACGUUAUCGAACACCACCAAAUCAUUGGCGUUGGCAAAUUUGCUCGAUACUUCAAUGGAUACAAACACGCUUUGUACGAUUAUUUUUUCUGAGCGUCGAACUACAAGCGGAAACUUUAGGAACAAUUAUUCUAUAUAUUACAACAUUUCUUUACUAUAUUAGGGAUCGCUUAGUAUUACGACCAUAUGCCAGAUUGGGAAUCCUAAAUUUAAGAUCCUGGAAAUGGAUCGAUUAUUCCUAUAUGUUGAAGGAUAUUCAUUAUGUUGAUCAGUUGACAGAUUUAGCAUCAGAAAAUGGGCAAAUUGUUUCAUUCAUUUCACAGACAUGGGCUGAGAAUGAGUGUGAACAGAGUAUACGCCUUGGGAAAUCUCCUGCAUCCAUGAUGUCGCUUCUUGCAAUCGCUGAUUUUGAACUUCGACGUCAAGGAAGUUUUGAGUUAUGCAAAUUUCGUCGCCAAUUCUUGAAACAUCUGAGAAAUACUUGA